CGAAGAUGGGGAAGAUGAUGAUUAAGAGUCGAAAGGGCGUGGCAUUUCUCUUCUUUCUUGUCAGCAUUGUGCUGAUGAUGAUAAAACAUCAUUACGUUACCAUGACACCUGAUGCAGCCUGGAGUGAAGAGAAGGAACACCUGCAGCGCCCUCUGCAGAGAGAGGUUCAGGCGAAUGACGUCACACCUGUACACAUUGGACACAAUGAACAUGAGAUACAAACCAAUUCGUCACCUUCGUACAACAUCACAGAGACACAAGAACAGAGACAGAAGGCUGUAAGAGAAACUUGUGCCGCAUACGGUGGUGGGGACACGAACGCUUUCAUAUCAAGAAACCUCACCGAUGGUCAGCUUUCGGGUCUCAGUUACAUCUAUGCCAUACCAGAGUUCAAGCUUCUUUACUGCUCUAUCCCCAAAGUGGGUUGUACCAGCUGGAAGCGGUUGAUACUGAAUAUAACCGGUUACGCUGACGCCCUUGCGGAGCUGGAGAAGGAGAAGGGUGCUCUUUCAGUACACGAGACAAUGCAGCGUAUUUUCCAACCACUGUCCAAAAUGGACCCUGGUGAAGCCAGGGAGGUCCUCAAGAGCUAUAAGAAGUUUAUGUUUGUUCGGAACCCUUACACUCGUGUGCUUUCUGCUUACCGGGACAAGCUCAUCCUAGACAAACACUCCAAGUGGAGAGAUGAGAUGCUGGAAUGGAUGGUCACUGAAGAUCCUCAGGCUGCUGCUGAUGUCUUUCUUGGAAGACGCAACUUCACGUUCGAGGAGUUCCUCAGGUUCUACCUGUCUCCAAUCAACAACAACCCGCAUUGGAGAGAGUACUACCGUCUCUGUCUACCAUGCCUUGUCAGUUACGACUUCAUCGGGAAGUUCGAGACGAUGGCAGCAGACUCCAGGUAUAUCCUUGACACCCUGUUCCGCGGGAACUCUUCGGUGGGUCUCUCAAAGUCCAAGCGAGUCACUAAUAGCUCCAACAAUGUCAGUUUGAUGGAUUUCUACUCUCGUGUCCCCAAAGAUCUCCUGCGUAGGGUAUCCAUGUAUGGUGGAUUUACCAUUGAUUCUAAACUCUUUAGUUAUGAUGUCCCAGGAUUUAUCCAGGAACUUAUUCUCUGACACUAAAAUGAUUCAUUUGAUUUGGUUAUAUAUGCCAUUGUAUAACAUAAGCUUGGGGAUUUGAUAUACAGUAUUACCAGGCCAACUGCCGUAACAUGAUAAAUUGUGAUGGAAAUGAGGGAAUAAUGUUAGCAUGUCUUUUAUACAUGUAUCUUUUCUUUUAAAUGAGCUCUGAACUGGCUUUGCGAUAAUAAUAUAAAGACACCGUCUAGAAUAAACAUUAAAAAGGUUAA